AUGACCUCGCAAACAUCUUCGAACAAUGCCUACGUUCUUGGGGUUGGGCUGACUCAGUUCCUCAAACCUCGGCGGACCAGGGAAUACCCCGAGCUCGGGUAUGAAGCUGCCGUGAAAGCUUUGAUAGACGCCAAAAUCAAUUACGAUGAAGUGCAACAGGUGAUCGCAUGCUAUUGCUAUGGAGAUACAACCAGUGGUCAGAGAAUCGUCUACAACCUAGGAAUGACAGGAUGCCCCGUCUUGAACUUGAAUCAAGCCUGUGCAACUGGCAGUACAGGUCUGCAUACAGCUCGUCGGCUCAUCCAAGGCGGACUUAUUGACUGCGCCCUGGUCAUCGGUUUUGAGCAGAUGCGACCUGGCUCAAUCAAAAGUGUCUGGGAUGAUCGACCUAGCCCAUUAGGCCCUUCUACGAAACUUAUGGAGGAUACCUUUGGAAAGCACGAUGCCCCUCGAAAUGCGCAAUACUUUGGAAAUGCCGGCCAGGAAUAUAUGCAGAAAUAUGGGGCCAAGGCCGAAGACUUUGCAGAGAUUGCGCGCAUAUCACACGAACACUCCCAGAGGAAUCCCUACGCUCAAUUCCAGCAAGCUUACACCUUGGAUGAAGUGCUCAACUCUACCCCGGUCUAUGGCCCUCUCACAAAGCUCCAAUGCUCCCCUACUAGUGAUGGUGCCGCCGCGGCUGUCAUCGUGUCGCAGCGUUUCCUAGACGCACGGCCAUCUCUGAGAUCACAGGCUAUCUUGAUAGCUGGCCAGGCACUCCUGACCGAUGGACCAGAGGUGUACUCUGGAAGCGCUAUCGACCUCGUUGGAUUCAACAUGUCACGGGAUGCAGCGAAGUUGGCUCUGAAAGAGGCCGGGGUGCAAAUUAAGGACAUCAAAGUGUGCGAGCUCCACGACUGCUUCUCAACGAACGAGCUUCUGCUGCUAGAUGCGCUUGGAUUCUCUGAGCCUGGAAAGGCUCACGAGAUGGUUCGUCGUGGUGAUAUCACAUACGGUGGACGUGGGCCUGUGAUUAACCCCUCCGGUGGGUUGAUUUCUAAGGGACAUCCCCUUGGGGCUACUGGAGUUGCUCAAUGCGCGGAACUGACGUGGCAGCUCCGUGGUUGGGCAAAUAACCGUCUGGUUCCCAACACUGAUGUUGCUCUACAACAUAAUUUGGGAUUAGGAGGAGCCGUGGUGGUGACUGUCUACAAACGUGCAGAUGGCCAGGUGAAUCACGCCGUGUCAAACGAAGAGGUGAAGCGGAUCUCGGGAUUGGGAUACAAUCCUGCGGUGGAAGCCCAUUAUAUCAGUCCUCAAGACGGUGAAAGCGUCAGGAGCAAGACCAAGCGUCAUGACUAUCCGCUUCGGGAGAUCAAGGCAAAGCUGGCGGCUCGGAUGUAG